AUGUCAUUUUUUUCUUUGCAAUAUUUUCAGGGAAAAUGUCAAAAACUGUCCUGUUAUCCUGGAAGAGUACUUCUGAAAGGCAAAUGCAAUGUUUUUAUUUCAUUUACUGGAUCGAAAAUUUACAACAUUGCUUUUAAGGCAAAUGUUCGCUUAAUUGAAGGCCAGAUGGAGCUGGACAAAGAUCAGUUAUUUCAAAAUAUCAUUUCCUUUUUUACGAUAGAUCUGUUUUAUGAUCCGGGUUUGAAAUUUCACAUCCUGCAAUACUAUUAUCAAACUGAUGAAGUAUGUAGAGAGGUAGUCACAUUAUCUGAAUCGGAUUCAAUAAUGCUCACUGUGUUCAUGAAAAUAAUCAUUUGGAAUAAGAACUGGGAAAAUCCUGUAAAUUUAAAUGAAGUUGAGGAUCGUCUUUAUAACGCUAGUUUGAAAAAAGGAUCAUUUGGAAACUUUUCGUUUGAGUAUUUCGAUGAUGUAAAGGCUUGGUUUCUUCCAAUAUCAGGAAAGAUGUCGCCAUCGCGUCAGUUUUGUAUCACACGCUUGGAGUCGAUUAACCAAUAUAACAGUAGGCCGGGUGUUGAUAUUACAAAGUUACUAUUUUGUCCUCAAAUAUCACUAUCUCCCCACGAAUUUACCCCCUCGAAUGAUGGAAUGCAAAUAUUUGUAACUUCAUUGAAUCGAACGUUCUACCACAACGAGUUUUUCCAAGAUGAAAACAACACCGUGCGAGUAUGUGCUAGUACUUUCUUAGAUGCUUACACCUCUCAAAAAUCAGGUUCACAGUCUGGGAAACAUACUGAUCACUUCUCCCUUAAGGUACUAACAAUUCUGUCAACAAGUGUCUCUCUUAUUUCUUUAGUUAUUACAUUUUUUGUGUAUUGCUUUCUCAAAAAGUUGCGUACCAUACCUGGACAAAACUUGAUGUGUUUCAUAGGUGCGCUCUUUUUUGCGCAACUGUCUUUCCUCCUCAAAGACUUUUUUAUGGAAAAUAGCAAUGCAUGUACUGCACUUGGUAUUUUGAAUUAUUACUUCUGGUUAUCCAUUUUUACGUGUUCCAGUGUGUGCUGUAUUCACAUGUUUCGUGUGUUUGUAUGCGAUUCCCGAUUUUACGACAAUUUUCUUUGUAACAGUACGAUCAUAGUGUAUUCCGUGUACGCGUAUAUAACUCCAUUGUUGCUUGUCUUCAUAAGUAUCGGAUGUCACGUGAGUAUUUCGCCUACUCACACGACUGGAUUCGGAGGUAGUACUUGUUUUAUCGAUGAUAAAGAGACACAACUUUACAGUUUUAUACUUCCUAUUUCCCUUCUUUGCUUUGUGAAUUUCGUUUUAUUUUCGGUAACAUUUCAUAAAAUUCACAGUGCUCCAACAAUGGAAAAUACCCAUUGCCGGAAUGAUCUUUCCAUAUAUCUGAAACUGUUUCUGUUGACAGGAACAACGUGGGUAUUUCAGAUUAUUGAUGGGUUGUUCCCCAUUUCCCCCUUCUCGUACUUGGUUACGGUUCUGAACGGAUCACAGGGAUUUUAUAUUAUGAUUUCAUUCGUUUUCAAUCGACGCGUCAAGUCUAUGUUUGAGGAUAAAGGUGUGCUGGAUAAGUUGCACUUGAAAAAGUUCAAGAAAUCGAGAAGCAGUGGGGGGACGCAGUUACAUCAAAAAAUCACGAUGUCAGAAAACGUUUGUUAAUGUCAAUCAGCAACAUGCAUUAUGAUAUGUUUCGUAAUAAACUAUGUACAAAGAGAA